UUCCUUGUCUCGUUUAAUGCCGCCUUUGUAUUGCAUUUAUAAGCAAAUUCUAUAUUAUAUUGACAACACCAAGAAAUAAACCAUGCAUUUUAGUUGAAAAGAAUAUGGCCAGGAAGUGCUGCCUGAAGAGACACGCCUUAAGUCACAUCAAUCGGACUUUAGGAAAUGCCGGAGGUGUUGGCCAGCUUCGAGAUUACCAGCAUUCAAUUCGCAAUCAAGGAUCACAAAUAUGCAAUAAUGGAAAAGUGUCAUCUGAGGGCCGUGAAUCGCAGCAUCAAAUUAUUCGACUUGCGCAUCAAACUGCUGAAAUUACCCAUAACAAAUGUCUUGGUGAAGUGGUCUUUGCUUAAGCUGAGCAACGGAUAUUUGCCCUUCAAUCACAACUACACGCUGGAUGGCUGCAAGUUUUUAAGGCAUAGCAAUCAUCUGAUCAAUAAUUUCGUAUAUGGCAUAUUUAAGGAUUAUACAAACCUAAAUCAUACUUGUCCUUACAAUCAUGAUGUCAUCGUAGACAGUUUUCCAUCACGUUCCGCUAAAGAUUUAGACCUCAUGUUCCUUGCAAAGGGAGAUUAUGCCAUUGAUUCUGCUUGGUAUACGGAUGGAAUAUUGCGGGCUGACGGUAGAUUAAAGUUUACAUUUGCCUAAUACAUUAAACCGAAAUCUAUUUUGUACAUUAAAAAUCUCGACUUUGAGAUACCCGCAACCCAUUUUCAAUAAAAGCAAAACAGUGCGGUUUUAUUCUUAAAUUAUACCGAAUUUAUAAACCGAAGGCUACAUUUAGUAUAUCGUAUAAUAUUGCUUUCGAAAUAUAUCUUAGAGUAUAUAAUAUACCAAAAUCCCCUAAAUCCCAAAAACAGUGUAAUAUUAUUCUUGAAA